ACCUGCUUUGUCCGUAUAGUGCGGCUCUCGUUGUCAGCGCGGUCAGGCUGUCGGUCACGUUUAUUAAUGCAGGUGACCGUCGAGCGCAUCGAGCCGAGCGGCGGCUCUACCGGCCCAAACUACCUGCACGCCUUUCCGGUCCGAAGUGUUCGUUGUGGUUUAGAGUUCGAGAAGUCUUCGCUUGACUCGGAGCGAACACUUCAAUGGAAGAAGACAAGAGCAGCUCAGGACAGGAUGAGUCCGGUUCGAGAGAGGAAGGAUGACAGUUUGAAGAAAAAGCUGCUCAAUGAACCUGAUAAAAGCAUCAGUUCAGUGCCUGCCCCGUUCACCAGGAGUGUCAGCAGGGUACUAAAAAGUGGCCUCAGUGUCUCAUCAUGUGGUCAGUCAUCUACCCCUGUGAGUCACCUUCCGUCCCGCUCAGGCAGUCCAGGCACUGGUCCUGGGCUCUCCACAGAGCACAGCUCCAUCUGCUCAUGGAGAUAUGAUGAGUUUGAGCGGGCGAAUACACAGCAUGUGCGGCAGCUCUUUAACUCUGUGGAUGAGCUUCUGUAUGAGGGGAGAGUCAGCAGCCGCUCAGAGUCUCUGCAGGAGGAAUGUGAAGAAUGGAACGGACACACUCCACAUCUCAGAAUUUUAGGCAAUCAGUUGGAGGCUCCCAAACAAGAGGGUGUUCAGUACAUCUGUAGACGAGAAUCCAGUGCCAGAACCUCCUCCUUCACCACUUCCACCUGCCUGGACAAGAAAGAAGACCAUAGCAAGCUGUAUGUUGCAGGUCGCAGUUUGGCUUUGGGCCUUUGGUGUGAGCCGUCGGUCCGGAGCUCCAGCUCUCCACCAUCUGAGGAUUUACUCUGCUUUACUGAAGAGGAGGUGUAUGAAGCAGAAGGCAGCAUCGAGGAGUUUCUGGCUUAUGAUCGAAAAGAAAUGGAGGAAGAGGAGUGGGGUCAGAGGGAGUCUUCAUCUGUGGCCCUCAGGAGUGGAGUUCCUCCAGUGUCUCCUCAUGCCUGCAUCCGUGACGCAGUGGCAGACGAGCUGUUUGAUGACGUGUGGAGGGAAGUGCUGGGUCUGCUGGAAGAGCUCGUACACAAGUACUGGGAAAAACAACUCCCUGAUGAAGCAACACAGAGGAGAGCGUUGGAAAGCUCCAGUCAAGCACCUUCAUCCCAGCUGCCCGUUAAAGCACAUCAGCUACUGUUGUCCAGAGGAUCCAGCAGCAGAACCACAUUCCUGUCAACAUGCAGCAAUAAUGGACAGGACUCAAGUGCCUACAAGAUUAAUUUAAAUGGUGUUAUGACAAUCCAAGCAAAGCCACUGCAGCAGAGACAUCAGGGAUUUGGUGAAAGAGCCAUGUAUGAACCAGAAGAUGGGGCGAGUGUGUUGACGUGUAUGAAGACCCAGGCUCUGAGAGCGUCCGGUUUACUCAUGCAGAAACCCGCAGUUCAGCGCAGACUCCCCAGAAUCAGCGGCAGGGUUCGCAUGUAUCAUAACAUCACUGGAAACGGGAGUCAACUCCUACGAGGAACGAGACUAUCCACUGUGAAUGAAAGCCUGCCCCCUCCACCAGUGAGUGCUGUACAGAGCCACAGGCUUCCUCAGAUACACUCCGAGUCUCAAGAGCAAGAAUACUACGCACCUAUUUCUAGGCUUGUGCAGCUCAGGGGGAGGAUCCAAAGAGGCGGAGCUACCAGUGUCAACCACACAGUAAACAACCUGCCACCACUGAAAGAGCCCACCCUGAUGCUGGAGUCGCUCUCUCGACCCAACACUACUCACACUUUCAGAUCUGACACCCCUAUGAAAAGAUCUUUUACACCUAUGGAUUUUGCCUGUACCAUGAGGACAAGUCGAGGACUUGUUAAAGGUGAAAGCACGCCUAUGGGUGUGACAGGAUUCAGCAUGGGGAUCACCAGCUCUACUGCUAGUGGCUUUUUGGAGUGUGUGACUCCUAACAGGAGGCGUCUGCCCUGUGUUGAUGGGGAUGGAGGGAACAUGAUCAGCUCUAUAGGUGGCCAGAAUCAACGGAAACAGUUGAGCCGGUUUCCAGUGCAUGUGAGGAAGAAAUUUCAGCCUGUCAUGCCAUAGCAGAAGGUUCAUUUUGGAAUUAAACGAAGAGGCCUGACUGGACAGACACUAUGAGUGCACUGAUAUGGUAUCACUGCUAUCAUAUGAUUUCAAUGUGAUUCACUUUAUGGUUUGUAACAUUCUGUAUGCCCAGGUACAAACUGACACAUGAAGUGCCUUCAGUUUAAGGACUUGGUGGUUUUUGCAAUGACUUCAACAACUAAUAGGACAAAUGACCUCUUUAAUUCUAGUUUUUUUAUUUAUUAAGAAAAAUCUAUGCCAAAAUGAAUGUUUUGUUAUUGUACGUCAAUGCAUGUAUCAUGUAACUUUAAUAUGAAUUUGUUUUUACUGCUUAAAACAAUGUCUGAGGCCAAUGGGUUAAAAAUAACUAUUUUACAGAGAUGGCUGAUAAUACUGAUUGAAC